AUGGAAUACGAAAAGAUUCAUGCAUGCCCGAAUAAUUGUUGUCUCUAUAGAAAAGAAUUUGCUAAUGCAAUUGAAUGUCCUGAAUGUGGUCAAUCAAGGUGGAAAAACGUCAAGGAUACAAAUGAAAGGAGAAAGCAAAUUCCCUCUAAAGUGAUAUGGUACUUUCCAAUCAUUCCACGAUUUAAAAGGCUAUUCAGAAGCAUUGAAUGUGCUGAAAACUUGACUUGGCAUUCUACUGAAAGAAUUAAUGAUGGUAAGUUACGACAUCCAGCAGACUCUCCAGCAUGGAAGUUAGUAGACAUGAAAUGGUCAGACUUCGGUUCUGAACCCAUAAAUCUUCGUUUAGCAUUGUCAGCCGAUGGAGUAAAUCCUCAUGGUGACAUGAGUUCUAAAUACAGUUGUUGGCCGGUAGUGAUGGUUAUUUACAAUCUUCCACCAUGGUUGUGUAUGAAAAGAAAGUACAUGAUGCUAUCAAUGCUAAUUUCAGGACCAAAACAACCAGGGGAUGACAUAGGCAUAUACUUAGCACCACUAAUUGAAGAUUUAAAACUUUUAUGGGAAAGUGGUGUUGAAUGUUAUGAUGCUUAUCGAGAAGAACCAUUCAACUUAAGGUCAGUUUUGUUGUGGACAAUCAAUGAUUUUCCUGCAUAUGGUAACCUUAGUGGAUGUUGUGUGAAAGGGUAUAAAGCAUGCCCAAUUUGUGGAGAUAAUACAAAUUCUAUAAGGUUAAAGUAUGGGAAGAAAAUGGCAUACCUUGGACAUCGUAGAUUUUUGGCACGAAAUCAUCCGUAUCGACGACAAAAGAAGUCAUUCAAUGGUAAAAAAGAACUUGAUACAAUUCCAGAGCCACUUUCUGGGGAGGAUGUGUAUUUAAAAUUGAAAGAUCUUGAAUUUUCUAGAGGGAAGAAGAACCAUAAGAAACGAUUGAUGAACAGAAGUGACAAAAUUUGUUGGAAUAGAUUAUCUUCUUUUUUUGAGUUGCCAUACUGGAAGGAUCUUCAUGUUAGACAUUGUUUAGAUGUGAUGCACAUUGAAAAAAAUGUUUGCAUGAAUAUCUUAGGUACACUUCUUGAUAUUCCUGGGAAAAGUAAGGAUGGAUUGAAUGCUAGACGCGAUUUAGUUGAUCUAAAACUUCGACCAGAGCUUGCCCCUAUCAAUAGUGAAAAGAAAAUAUUCAUUCCGCUCGCGUGUUAUACUCUUACAAAGGAUGAAAAACGAUGUGUUUUGAAGACUUUGUCUGAAAUAAAGGUUCCUGAAGGUUACUCUUCCAAUAUUAGAAACCUUGGGUCAAUCACAGAUUUAAAACUUAAUAGUUUAAAAUCUCAUGAUUGUCAUGUGCUCAUACAACAGUUGUUUCUCAUUGUGAUAAGAUCAGUGCUACCGAAACAUGUUCGUUAUGCUAUAACUAGGUUGUGCGUCUUUUUCAAUUAUGUAUGCAACAAGGUAUUAGACGUACAACAACUAGACAAGUUGGAAGAAGAUAUUGUGGUAACAUUGUGUUUGUUUGAAAAGUAUUUUCCCCCUUCAUUCUUCACAAUCAUGAUUCAUCUCACAGUACACAUAGUUAGAGAAGUCAAACUUUGUGGCCCUAUAUAUCUUCGAUGGAUGUAUCCCUUUGAAAGAUUCAUGAAGGUCAUUAAAAACUCUGUGAGGAAUAGAUAUCGUCCAGAAGGUUGUAUUGCUGAAAGUUAUUUAAUAGAAGAAGCUGUUGAAUUUUGUACUGAUUUCUUAUCUGGAGUAGAUCCCAUUGGACUUGGGACUCGCAAGUCACAAGACCAUUUAGAUACUUUAAACAUUGGUAGACCAUUGUCCACGGGAGUUCCUUUCAAACCUCAACAAGAACUUCUACAUAAAGCUCAUCAAUAUGUUUUGGAAAAUACAGUCGAUGUCCAACCAUAUACAGAGUAA